AUGUUGUCUACAAAUCCUCAGGAUGAUAAAAACAAUCAUAAAGUCAAGCUUGAUAAUAAAAACGACGAACAGAGAAUAUUAUUCGUUUAUAUUUACGAUUUUUUAAAGAAAAACGGGGCUACUGAAACUGCUAAAGUAUACUUGUCUGAAGUUGAUAUAACUAAACAUUAUAAACCUGUCGAUGGUGCAAACGGUUCAUCUGCUGCUGACAACGAUUCAAAUUCUUUGCCUGACGUUGAACUACCUGUAAAUGCUCCUGAAGGGUUUUUAUAUGAAUGGUGGAAUGUAUUUUGGGAUAUAUAUAGCGCAAAAGUUAAACAAAAUGGUGGUACUGGUGAAGCACUAUAA